AUGACGGCGAGCUCGGUAGACACCGACCGUCCGCUUAACUCGCCCGUGUCACCGUCCACAGCACUGAGCUCCUCCGUGGACGAGGAGGAGAACGAGCACCCCAACGCCCUGGACGACGUCUUUGGCUCCUCCCCGCCGCAGUCUGCAGCAGACUCUCUCCGGUCUCACAUUCCAGAUAGCACGCCGUCUCACGCUGAGCCAUCGGACCUCCCUUCGCUGCGCCGCCAGCAUGUCACGGCGGGGUAUCGCGAUGGCAUAGCCGUGGCCAAGGGCGAACACGUCCAGCGAGGGUUUGAUAGCGGGUUCCCCGUUGGCGCCGAGCUGGGGAUCCGGGUCGGCGUCGUCCUGGGAGUGCUCGAGGGGCUCAUGAAGACUCUCUCACGCGGUGACCUCACGCCUGGUAGCCAUAAACACCAUGAACAGACCGCCAGUAGCCCUGAACAGACCAGCCAUAAAGACGAGACGACCAGCGAGACGACCAGCGAGACGACCAGAGUGACGGCGCUCUACGAAACGGCCAAGAGGGAACUGGCGGUUGAAAAGGUCUUCAGAGACGCCGCGCAAGGAGAAGAGGACCCGUGUGUGCGACUCGGGAAAGUUGGCGACUCGGUCGUUGCACAGUGGGAGGAUAGAGUCCGGAUGCUGCUCGCAGAACUGAAAGCAAAACCAAUAAAUAUUCUGUCUGGAGUCCGGAGUACGAGCUCUGCCGUUGGCGUUGGCGUUGCUGAUGCUGACCAGCCAUCGAAUUUCGCGACGCUGCGAUUUGACCAGCCACCACCAAAAGGGGAGGUCGAGCGAGCUUCAUCUCAGGCUCUACAGUCUUCUCUACAGAGUCUCUACAGUCUUUUCGAUAGACACUCUACAGUGUCUACAGUGUCUACAUCCGUCUUUCCCACCGUGUCACCCAGAGCUUCCCAUCUUGACGAGACCAACGACGUUUACGGCCAGUCUACGAUACCCAGUUUCCCCAGACAACGCCAGCGCCGCCACCAGAGACGUGCCGCCCUGCGAGAUCCUGCUAUCCGGCCAGCGCAGCAGCUCCCUCGACAGGACUUUGCCUCCAUCGACCAGACACUCCAGCAGCAGCAGCAACAAGAAGAGACAAGACUUGGACAGCAACAGGACCAACAAGAGACAAGACUUGGGCAGCAACAAGAACAAGAACAGACAAGACUCGGGCAGGGGAGGACUGCAUCGUACUGGCCGGCUCAUAGCACCAGGGUCUCCUCUCGCACCACCUCGGCCAUCCUCUGGGUACUAGAAGAAGCCAUCCGCACCCCGUUCCCCUUCACAGAGGACCUGAGCGAGCUGAACGCGCCCAUGUCGGAGCUCUUUGCAGGAGAUGUCGCUGUCGGGAACGGCCGUGGCCACCACAACGGCGUCCCCAGGACAGGACAGCCCCUGGCCGUCCCUGCGUCCACUCACCCUGCCAGCGGCGUCCGCACGCCGACAGAUAUCAUGAGACGGCGGCGGGAGCGCGAAGCCCAGCUGAAGGCCGAGCAGGAAGCCAAGAUGCGAGAGGAGCAGCUGCAGAAGCAGGCUCAAGCAGAGGCGCAGGCACAGGCACAGGCGCAGGCAGAGCACGCUCAGGCUGCUGGCGUUGAACCCUCGAGAAGACCAGGCGUACAUCCGCCAGAUAUCACCAUAUCCCAGGAACCCGGCCCACGACACGAUCAAACAAAUAUAAACAUGGGCCGCAGACAGACGACCCAGCCGCCAGGAAACACGACCACCACGACCACCGCUGGAACGCGCCGGCAGGGAGGACAGCUGGAGGACCACGAGAAGCCCGCGAGACAGCGGUCGAACGGGUCACGGCCGGCAGUCACUGGCACCGCACAGCAGCAAGAGAGUGCAUCCAAACCACAGGCAGGCCAGCCCGGAGCAGCCCAGCAGUCGUCCCGGAGCAAGGCCGCCUUCCCGCACGCCUUUGAACGCUGGGAGAUGCUCUCGUCCCACUGGGAAGGCCUGACGAGCUACUGGAUCCGACGCCUGGAGCAGAACAACGAGGAGCUCAGCAAGGAUCCGCUCAGCCAGCAGAUGUCACGGCAGGUCACCGAUCUCUCGGCCGCUGGUGCCAACCUCUUCCACGCCGUCGUCGAGCUCCAGCGUCUACGAGCCUCGUCCGAGCGGAAGUUCCAGCGCUGGUUCUUCGAUACCCGCGCCGAGCAGGAACGGUCCCAGGAGGUGCGCGCAGAGCUGGAGCGCAUGCUGAGUGCCGAGCGCCAGUCUCGCGCCGACGCCGUGGCCGCCCUGAAGCAGUCGGAGAGCGACAAGGCCAAAGCCCAGGAGCUGGCGAGAGAAGUGCGGCGAGAACUGCAGAUUUCCCGCGACGAGGCCCGACGUGCGUGGGAGGAGCUGGGCCGCAGAGAACAGGAGGAGCGCGACCGCACCAUCUCGCUGAGAAACGGAGAGCCUACGAUCGUUGGAGGCGUACAGGUCGUGCCGAUGCUGCAGGCCAUCCCCAGCAGACAUGCCAGCAGCGCUGCCCGGCCACAGACCAGAGAAGGCCCAUAUCCCGGAGGCCCCAGUGGGACGUCGAUGGGAGGUCAGUCGCAGCGGCCGCUGCUCGAUACCACGGAGUCGACGGGCUAUGAUAGCCAUGAGACGGACCCCUUUGUUGAAUCUCGCGACCCUCCCUUUGCCCCUGAUGCGCCGCCUCCCCGACAGACUGAAGCUCCGGUGCAGUCGCCCGGUCGAGGACAGACGGAGGCAGACCGCGGUCACUUCUACCAGCACGACAGCCAGACCAUCCACGGAGGACAAGCCCACGCCGGAGUUGACGUGGACGUCAGCGAUGUCAUCUCUGAAACCGACCACAUUCCUACCACCGCCGCCGGUGCAGCCGCCGCCGCCGCCGCUGCUGCUAGCCGUCAAGAUACCCAGGGCCGCCAGCUCGUCUAUCCUCGCGCUAUAUCUGACGACAGUGACGACUACAACACCGAGCCCUUUGACGGGUACGUGAGCUACGGUUCGGAGCAGCAUACGCCUGCCGGCGCAGGCACAAGCGCAGAAGAAGGCGACCACGCCGGAUAUCCUGCACCGGUAGACUACAGCGGCUCUGGCUGGGGGGUCGGCGGCUCAGGAUGGGAUUCGGUGACGCCUCGACACCGACAUCCAACCCGGCUCAGCGACGUCCUCGAGGAAGACGAACGGUCCCGUACCAGUCCCAGUCGCGCCAGCCAGGCCAGCCGGACCAUGCAAUAG